AUGACACCUGAAGAAGAAUCCCAAUCGGAGUCGUGUAAUGGAGCACGGCCAAGAUGCGACACAUGUGAGAAGCUAGGCUUCGAAUGUCUCUAUGAGCAGCAAGAAACGUCGGCCAAUCUUCUCGUCCCAAAAGAUCUGUUCGCCGCCCUUGAAGCAAAGGUUAAUCUUUUAGAAGCCAAUGUUCAAAAACAUGAUGGAAGACUACUUGUGGUUGAGGAGUCCAUUUCCAAGAUUGGAAAUGGCCCUAUUGCACAUCACCCAAAGUCGGGCGACGUGGUUGUGAAUAUUGACAGGAUGGACGAAUCUUGUACAGAUCAAAACAACACUGAUGGCAUGGCCGUCUCAUUCGUCGACGAGCAGGACUGUGGAUUCUUUGGGCCGUCGUCCAACAUCGCAUUAAUGAGGCACAUCCGAAAGGUCAUAGACCUCAACAGGCCACAGACUGGUCAACCCUCAUCUCUAACCCCCGCUUCAGAAUUUAGUGUCUAUGAGGGUGGCCUGGCAAGUGGCUUUAGGACUGACGUUCGUCGGACCUGGCUGGGCUUACUAAACAUGAUACUUGCUAUGGCUACUUGUACAUCGUGCUGGGAAGAUUCUGGAAGUGAGAAACAUUUCGAGGAAUCCGACAUAUUCUACCGUCGAGCUCAAGAGCUUUGCCAAACACAAAUGUUCCGAGGUACCACUCUCGAGAUAGGGGUGGAAGCUGACAAUACCUUACAGAAGCCUCAAAUUAUGGGCAAGAUCAUUGUAUCUCUUUACGGAAGCAACCUCGGGUGUGAUGACCACGCGUCAGAUACUUCAACCAUGACAUAUAUCAUUCAGUUUGAACAAGAACUCACAGACUGGCAGAACAGCUUGCCCCAUCGUCUGAGUCUACAUAGCGCAAAUGAAGUUGCACAAGCAGAUAUGCACGAUUCGAUAAUUGAACGCUUUCGAAUCAUCCUGACGCUCAGACAUCUCAACGUUCAGCUUCUCCUUCACCGCCCAAUGUUUAUCCGAUCGUUGGGUGCCUUACACAAGGAUCCUAAAAUGCCGCACCGAAAUGCUGGGUCAGUUAAUAGCAUGCAAGCCAGUUUCGACAGGGUGUUUGUACAGGCGGCAGAGAGUACGAUUGAUAUCAUAUACUCGGUACUUACAAGACCUGAUCAUGGUCGUCAUUUGAUCGGCGCUUGGUGGUUUACACUCUAUUAUGCUAACCAGGAUAGUGAAUGCUUGGGUGGGAAGGCCCUGCACUCAAUCUUGGCGAUGAGCUUGAGCUGGGACAUUUCUUUGCCAGCGAUUCACAGAGGUGGUUUGAGCGAGCUCAGUGAAACAAUCAGAACAGGUUUAACUCUAUUCAGAACUGAUACACCUUCUUUAUCCUACUUAUCUUUACUCUCAAUCAUGUCUCAAGAAAUAACACCAGGAGGCUAUCAUUGGAUCUCAAAUGCCAUUGAGAGCCUUGAUCCUGAAAAAGACUAUGAGCUCAUGUGGCGUCUCAUGUCUUGCUAUCGAUCGUCUGACUUUAUGAACAACAUGAUCUACGCCCUUACAUUCCCCAACUUUAUCAUUACAACCCACGGAGCCCAAACUGUUUGGCGUUCAGAUGGCGGCAAAGUCAUCAAGCGAGGUACCCAACGCGUUGAAGAUACGGAAAACUACAACAUGACAUGGUGGCAUUACGGCCCCAGCGAUAAGCGAUGUCGUGAAGCCGUCGAGCACAUCAACAAUCUACAUGCUUCUCUCGCCCGACGAUAUCCAGGAAACUUCUCGUACAAUGAAGACUUUCUAUACGUCACAACAUUCAGUGCCAUUCUUAUGCAUCGUCUUCGGCUUCGACUGGGUCUAUCUGGUUUCACAGACAAAGAAAAGAUCGCCGCUCAUCACUUUUGGCGUGACAUGACUCCUCUCUUUAUCAAAGAGGAUGGCAGCUCUGUUCACGGUUACCCUGAUGACUUUGAAGGCUGUCUGAACUUUUGCAAAACCUAUGAGAACACCCCACGCGAGUUUGAUCCAAGAAUGCAGCAUAUCGGACUUGCCAUCAUGAAUCAAUUUGCGUUCCGUUACUUCCCUCCUGGACUCCGCUGGCUGGCGAUCGCCACAGUCAAAUCCCUGACGCUUGAGACAACACUUGCAGCGAUGCGGAUCGAACCAGUGCAUCCAGUUCUAAAAUAUAUUAUUGUCUUUGUGGUCGGGACAUUGAUGAGUUUGGCUGAGACGUUUCUGCCUGAUCCUAGGGAAUCGUUUUGGAAGAAGAUUGAGACCUUGGAUGUCGAAAAAGCCAAAGCACGGAAAGCAGAUAUCAAGGAAAGUGACGAGGCAUAUUGCAAGUAUAUCCGAGAUAAAUGGAGUGCUCCAGGGUGCCCAUUUCAGAUGAAGGCUGAGUGA